GUGACAAGGGGUGGGAGAGAGGAGAAGAGAGAAAGGGAGAGUGCAUCUGAGAGCUUGGGAUUGGUAAGCUUUGCAAAUGCAUCUGCCAGCAGGACUUCAGUGGAAUGUGAAACCAAAUCAUUUACAAGUUAAAGAUAGACACACAGAGUAUACAGCAUCUUGGGCAAGGGUUUAAAUUCAGUCUCUCACAGUUUUCUGGUUUCGGAGCUUCCCUUUUGCCUCCUCCAGGACUCAGUUCUUGUUUCUUCAGACAAUAAAAGCACUCUUAGUGUACUGGAAUUAUUAGGGGUGCGUGAGAAGACCAUGGUGCAUACUGCAGGAAUGAUUGAAGACUGUGGGAAAAGAGGAACUACCAUGGCAGAAAGGAGGCAGCUGUUUGCAGAAAUGCGGGCUCAAGAUCUGGAUCGCAUUCGUUUAUCUACCUACAGAACAGCAUGCAAGCUUAGAUUCGUACAGAAGAAAUGCAACUUGCACCUAGUGGAUAUUUGGAAUGUAAUAGAAGCACUGCGGGAAAAUUCAUUGAACAACUUGGAUCCGAACAUAGAGCUGAAUGUGGCUCGACUUGAAGCUGUACUGUCCACCGUUUUCUACCAACUCAACAAACGCAUGCCAACAACCCACCAGAUCAAUGUAGAGCAAUCCAUCAGCUUACUGCUCAACUUCUUGCUGGCAGCUUUUGAUCCAGAAGGACAUGGAAAAAUUUCUGUGUUUGCUGUCAAAAUGGCCUUGGCAACACUUUGUGGUGGAAAGAUCAUGGAUAAAUUAAGAUAUAUUUUCUCAAUGAUUUCAGACACCAGCGGUGUAAUGGUUUAUGGAAGAUAUGACAUGUUUCUGCGAGAAGUCCUUAAACUGCCCACUGCGGUCUUUGAAGGUCCUUCUUUUGGUUACACAGAACAGUCAGCAAAAUCCUGUUUUUCUCAACAGAAAAAAGUCACACUGAAUGCUUUCUUGGAUACUCUUAUGUCUGAUCCUCCACCACAGUGUCUGGUCUGGUUACCACUUCUGCAUCGAUUGGCAAAUGUUGAGAAUGUCUUCCACCCUGUUGAGUGUUCCUACUGUCAUAGUGAGAGCAUGAUGGGAUUCCGCUAUCGAUGCCAGCAGUGUCACAAUUACCAGCUCUGUCAAGAUUGCUUCUGGAGGGGACAUGCCAGUGGUUCCCAUAGCAACCAGCACCAAAUGAAAGAAUACACGUCAUGGAAAUCACCUGCUAAGAAGCUAACUAAUGCACUUAGCAAGUCUUUAAGCUGUGCUUCCAGCCGUGAACCUUUGCACCCAAUGUUCCCUGACCAGCCUGAAAAACCUCUAAACUUGGCUCAUAUUGUGCCUCCCAGACCAGUCACCAGCAUGAAUGACACAUUGUUCUCCCACUCUGUUCCCUCAGGAAGCCCUUUCACAAACAGAAGCUCCCCUUACAAGAAUAAUGAAGUAGAACAGAACAAAUUGCUGGCUAGGGCUGCUCCAGCUUUUUUGAAAGGCAAAGGGUUACAGUAUAGCCUCGAUGUUGCAGACAGGCUGGCUGAUGAACAUGUUCUCAUUGGGUUGUAUGUCAACAUGCUCCAGAACAACCCCUCACGUUUGCUUGACAGUCCAAAUCGUCUAGAUGAAGAGCACAGGCUGAUCGCCAGAUAUGCAGCAAGACUGGCAGCAGAGACUACUUCAUCACAGCCACAACAGCAACCACAGCAGAGAGGUGCUCCAGAUAUCUCAUUCUCUAUUGAUGCAAAUAAGCAACAACGACAGCUUAUUCAAGAACUUGAAAAUAAAAACAGAGAAAUCUUACAAGAGAUUCACAGGCUGCGUCUUGAACAUGAACAGGCGUCUCAACCCACCCCCGAGAAGGCAGCACAGAAUCCUACUCUCCUGGCAGAACUUCGACUCCUGAGACAGAGGAAGGAUGAGCUGGAACAGAGGAUGUCAGCACUUCAGGAAAGCCGGAGAGAACUUAUGGUUCAAUUAGAAGGCCUGAUGAAACUGCUCAAGGAAGAAGAAUUGAAGCAGGGAACCCAAGGGGCAGGCUCCCCUCGCUCAUCUCCCAGCCACACGAUCAGUCGGCCUAUUCCUAUGCCCAUCCGAUCUGCAUCUGCCUGCUCAACUCCAGCCCACACACCUCAGGACUCCCUGACAGGUGUAGGAGGAGAUGUGCAGGAAGCUUUUGCACAAGGUACAAGAAGAAAUUUAAGAAAUGACUUGCUGGUAGCAGCAGAUUCAAUCACCAACACUAUGUCUUCUCUGGUGAAAGAGCUAAACUCAGAAGUUGGAAGUGAAACGGAGAGCAAUGUGGAUUCUGAAUUUGGUCGGACUCAUUUUGAUGACCUUGUUCCAUCACCAACUUCCGAAAAGGCUUUCCUUGCACAGAUCCAUGCCCGGAAGCCAGGGUACCUUCAUAGUUCAGCUGCCACUGGGACCAUUCGUAGUGAUAUGGUUACAGAAGAUGGAGACCCUUACGUUAGAGCAGAUGAUGAGAACUAUGAAAAUGAUUCUGUGCGCCAGCUAGAGAAUGAGCUCAAGAUGGAGGAGUAUUUGAAGCAAAAGCUGCAGGAUGACGCUUAUCAGGUCAGCUUGCAAGGAUGAGUAACUAUCCUUGUAUCGCUCUCCCCUCAAAGAAAGCUGCAGUCAAAUGGACAACGAAAGUGAUAUAAGAACUGAGGAGGAGGAGGAGGAGAGCUGCACUCACACUGAUGAUAGAGCUAGCCUGGCUGCCAACUGUAUAGAAGAAGUGAAGCAACAUGUGCAGCAUCUCUGACAUAAGUUAACCAACUAGAUCUGAAGACUGUAGCACAGUACUUUUGUUCUACAAGUUGUAGUUUGUAGGUGUUUGUUUUGAAGAAGAAAAAGAAAAGAUUUUUUUAUUUAAAGCUAACUUAUAUCAGCUACAUCUUAUGUAACAUGGCUCAUUACUGGUGAAGAACACAAGCUGAAAAACGCUGUUGUUGUUACCAUUAACAGCAGUACUAACAAAACACAAGCCCUUUGCACAUAAUGUUGAACCUGUUCAGUUUACAAUGACAAUAUUAAUACUGUUUAUAUUAGGAGUUUGAUUUCUGAAUAGUUUGAGAUUUUAGAACACUUUCCUACACACUGUACAUUGUUUUUUUUCCACAGAGGAAAUUUUAAAAGCUACAAUGAUGCAUUUAACACUGAAUAAAUAUACUCCUGAGUGUACAUAUUUAUAGUCCAAAAGCUAAGUAUUAGACUACGGUUGCAAUUCUGAAUCCAGUUGCAUGUGCUGAAAUGUCUUAGAGAUCAGUGGGACUUAAUUGCACAUGACCAGGUGCAGGAUUGCAGCCCUAGAUAGCAAUUUGUUUUACAGUCUUUCUGCAAAAAGAAAAAAACCACAAAAAAACAAAAACCAGACUUGUACAAAAUGCACUAAGAAGUAUCUCUAUGAUUUAGGGCUACUACAUAACUUAGGAAUGUUUUCUUUCAAAAUAAUCUAACAAAUCAGCCAUAGAAGUUAGUGUAAAUAUUUUCUUUCCAAAUAGAUAUCAUAUACAAAGGCAACAUUCAAAUAAUAUAGAAUCUAGUUUUUAAAAUCAGCACAGAUCUUCUUAAAACUGUGAACUAUGUUAUAAAGCUGUUUAUAAACCACAGGUGCCAUAAAAUCCCUAAACUAACGUUACGUAUAAUCUUUCAUAGUAUUGUUUUAUUGCUAUUUUAGAACUUUAGUAAGCAUGUGUUCUUUCACAUCAUCCUUCAUAUCCUGUUUGUUGAGGCCUUCAGCUUUAAAUGUUCAGGCUUUAAAAGUGCGCUUGCAACUAUUUCCUUUUAUUUCUGAAUGUGCAUUGCCUUAGCCAGUCACCAGAUGUUCUGCAUGCAUUCUUGGAAAUGUGUAGUGAGACUUUCUUUCAGGGCUGAAUGAGGAUAUUGGCUAUCUAUGAAAAGCACAGGGGGAAGAGUGUCCUUAUUAAAAACAACAACAAAAACUAUAUUAUUACAAUGGUGUCCCUCGGAUUAAUUCUUAACAUCCUAUUUCAACUGCAACA